GUCACUAUUGCAGUAUGACGAUUAGCAUGAAGAUGAGUUGCACUUUAGCCGGGCUGAAACUUGUUCCUAACAGAAUGUUAAAUACUUAGUGAAAAGAAAGAUUAUGUCUAUCUAGUUACACCAUUCCUUGAUAUAUGCUCCAUGUCAGAAUGCCAUUGUCUCCUGGGUAAAGACGGAGAGUUCAAAUACCCACUAUCUCUCCCCUGGUGCUCCGAAUGCUCUUCUUUGAAGUUUUUAUAAUCCAUCUGUCAUCUUCUAGCAAGGAGGGCACAUGUUCUGUACCACUCAAUUACAGAAUUCUCCUUUGCCAGCUCCAAUGAGACAGGAAAGAAUGUUAUGAGUGGUUGAGAGAAACUGUCAGAUAUACUAAAUUCCUAGGAUUCAUAUGCACGGUGUUUUUCCAGGGUAGAAACACAACCCGCCUUAUUGUUCAAGUGCAUUAGGGAUACAUUUGGCAUUGGGGUAGAGAACCUUUGAUUUUUUUUUUUAACUCUCUUCCAGAGAGUUAUCUUCAAUUUGAUUGUUCUUGUUUGAAAAAAGAAAAUCAUCCAAACCUCCUCUGGAAUGUGGACCCUUCAAUGUGAACUGAAAAUGUGACAUUUGUUUUAGCCAACUAGGAGUCGGUAGCCCAACUGUGCAGAGAUUGGGAAGUAGCAAAGUGCUUUUGUUUCUGUGGUUUCACUUUAGCGAAAUAGGAUUUUUACUUGGGCUUGAUAGAAGAUGGUGACUAGAUAAAUCCUGAUCCCCACAGAAAUAAUUUUCAGCAUCAGAUGAGCUGAAAGCCUGAACAUUAAAUGUUCUGCCAUCUGGCGAAAUCUGAAAAAGUUAACACUGGGCUGAAAAGUCUUUAAAAUGGGUUAUUUUAUUUAAAGGCAAUCUACCUUGGAGUGGUUAGUGUUUCUCGAUAUCAUGUUAACUUCUCACUCAUUGAGUCACGGGUGGUUAAAUUCGUUGUCUUAUGUGAAAUGAGUUUGAUGAUCUCGGCUUAGCCUCUAGUGGGUAUUAAUUCACAUUAUGAAAUAUCCCAGAAUAAUUUAGCACCGUGUGGCAUAAUUUGCAUUUUUACUCAAGAUAGGGGCAAUGAUAGCAUCUCUGGAUCUAUUCUCCCCCACCUUUUUUUUCUUCGUUCAAAAGAGGAUGGCUCUCGUUUGUGGCUUUCAGGGUGAUUGUUGGUGGGGUUUGCUCUUAUUAAUUUUGUGGGAACAUACGGCUUUAGAGCUUGGGGUGGUGAGAAGAGGAAAUUUUAGCUUGGGUGCUAAAACCCAACAGGAAAUAUUUGCAGGGAGGUAGUUGCAGCUGAGAUGGGCUGGGAUUUCGUGACCCUGCAAUUGCUGACAUCUCCUACAUGCAUGUAAAUUUCACACAGAAGCACAUGCAUGAGCCUAAAGAACAUGGAAUCGGGUGGAUGCAUUCAGUUUGGGGGACCACACGUGUCCCUCAAUUUGUAAAAAGCAUCCUUUUCCUUUACAAAGCAGGAAGGUUUUCCAGAAAUACAGGAUACGAUUACAGUAAUUAAUUUAGUGAAACUUCUUAAAUCUGAUCCUCUGUUCAAACCGAUAAUGCCAGGAUGGGGUGGCUCGAUGUCAUUAAUUGAAAUCUGGAGACAAUAAAAAAAAAUGUCUUUCUGCAACUUCAAUACAGCAGUCUGGAAUGGUCGGGUCAGGCUGUGAACCAAUUUUCUUCUCAUUACUUUUGAUUUUGGAGUCAAUACAAAUUUCAUCAGUGAUUGUAGGGUGCAGGUCUUCGUCUGCGUAGACCCUGUCAUGGGAGAAUAUGUGCGCUUGGUUUAAAGAUUUACGGAGAAGUGGUGCUGGUUACUCAGGAAAGAGAGGAAGGAAAUGCUGAAGCCAACAGCCUCCUUGGAAACUGCUCUGGUGCUCAGGGGUGAUUAGCAUGGAGAGGCGUUGGAGUGUGGGGAGAGCGCUGGACCCCAGGAGGCCUCUGCAUCUGCAGACCACUGGGGGCAGCUGGCGGCAGCCUCUGUGACUCCCUUGCUCUUCCUUCCAGACCCGUGCCUUUAGCCCAAGUUUCUCUCUCCUUUUUUCUUUUCUCUCCCAUGUCCCCUAAAUUUACAGCUGUGGAGAGAGUCCUUCUGCAGCACACAGAAUUUAAGGCCGCACAGAAACUUAAGGGUAGAAAAAAAGAAAAAAGAGGAGACUCAACUUUAUAAGGAGUUGGUGAAAUUCUGAAAGCAUCCUGGGCAAAAAGUCUUUUGUGUGGAAACAGAGAUGCAAGACAUCUUAGGCGAUUCCUCAUUUUUCCUGCGUGCAAUUUGCAUCUGUGCAAGUCAUGGGAUCGGCCCAUCCAUCAUUAGGUAUUGGCCUAAUUGGACAUUUUUUACGAGCCCAGUUUGCUAUUUAUGUUAAAAGCAAUUCGCAGAAAUGCCCUUUCUUCAUGAUUCGGUAUUGGCAAUAGAGACGUAUGUUUAAUCACAUUUUCCAUGAGUAAUUAUCUAAUUCACAUGAUUACCAAUAUAAAACAGGGAAAUAGAACAGGGGCUUAACUCAGUCCUGCUUGGGCAGUGACACGGGUGCCCAGAAAGGCCAGAGUGAGGGCGAGUGGCGGCUGGUUCUGUUUCCUUCUGUCGUAUCGUGGAGAUUUUUAUUAGCAACAGGAGCUCCCUGAAGCCGGGCCUGUGGAAGAGAGAGGCUAUUUGGGAUUCUGUUAUAAUGCAGUUUGAGGUUCAGUCUGUCUGCUUGGGUUCUUAACGUUUGGGGCUGUCCUUUUUGAAGAUUUCCGGGAGACGGAGGUCACAUUUUUUAUUCAUGUUGAAAAAUAUUCAUUUAUCAGUAUUGGUGCAACUGUAAACAAGUGAUAAACUGACAACAUUUACAACAGUAAAACUGACAGCAUUUACUUUAAUUUUCUGUCAUUUUGGUAAUUAUAUCAAUCAAGAUCCAAAACUAAAAUGAUAUUUUAGCAUGCAGUAAGAAAUGAGGAAUUCAGAUCUUAAAAGACCAUUACAAUUAGCUUUGAGAUGUUCGCCGUUUUACCAUAAUUGUUUCAUAUAGCUUAUAUGUCUUCAUUUACAGCCGAAUAUUCUGUUGAUCUUUUAUAAACAAAGUAGCACCCAUCUGCUCCUUGAGACACUCCUGGCGCCUAUUCAUUGCAGAAAUAAUACAUGUCCUAAUGACUUCCACAUAUUUUGAAAUCUCCCUUUUGAAAUUGGUCUUGGCAGAUUAUUUGCAGGUACUUGAGUUGCAUCUGUUUGCAAUUUUGCAAAUGCGGAAGACUUUAAUGUUCAGCGCUGCAAGAGGGCUAUUUUAAUCCUCAGAUAACAUUGGCUGUCAUCAAAAGCCACAUUUAUCUCUUCGAAGGUGGGGCAAAUGUUUAAUGUUAAAAGACAGUAAAAGGUCAAGGCCAAGUCUGGGGUCUGAAUAUUUUCCUUUCAUACGCCAUGCCUUUUGGAAACUCUCUCUUGCAUUUCUUUUUAUUUAAGUUUUAGCUUAAUAACCACUGCCAAGAGGAUGUUUUGCUGAUAAAAUGAAAGAUCAGGAAGAGAGUAAAUCAGAAAUAAUAGUGAACUCCAGGCUCCUGGGCUCAUUACCACCAUGUGGCUAGCAGCUGACCAGCUUUGGGUUGACUCUGUUUACAGGGAAGAACUAAACAGCGCGGUGUUGGAGAAUACUGGGGCCUUGAAUGCUGUUGCUGGUCCACCACGCAGGAGGGGCUGAAGCUCUGGGAGGGCAGGUGGUCACCAAAGGCCAGCAUACUGUCAGUGACAGUGAGCUGAUGCUGCUCCGGGGCGGACCCCUUGCAUCCAGAAGAGCUGCUCACUUUCCUGACCACCACGGCUUUAAGAAUAUCCUUCAACCAGGAGGGAGACCCAUUGCUUUAAGACUUGCCUGCAUAUCCUCUGCUACCAGAUUAAGGUGGCUUCUGGAUCUAAAAACUGUGCUAACUGCUGCGGCCAGCAUCGAAGGGAUGGAAGAAGCGAGCCUGUGCCUUGGAGUGUCUUCGGCGGAGCCGGAAGCUGAGCCCCACCUGAGCGGCCCCGUCCUAAACGGCCAGUAUGCCAUGAGUCAGAAGCUGCAUCAGAUCACCUCCCAGCUCAGCCAUGCCUUCCCCGAGCUCCAUCCCCGGCCCAACCCCGAGGAGAAGCCCCCCGCGUCCCUGGAGGAGAAGGCCCACGUGCCCAUGAGCGGCCAGCCCAUGGGCAGUCAGAUGGCGCUCCUGGCCAACCAGCUGGGCCGGGAGGUGGACACUAGCCUCAACGGGCGGGUGGACCUGCAGCAGUUCCUCAACGGGCAGAACCUGGGCAUCAUGUCCCAGAUGAGCGACAUCGAGGACGACGCCCGCAAGAACCGCAAGUACCCGUGUCCGCUGUGCGGCAAGCGCUUCCGCUUCAACAGCAUCCUCUCCCUGCACAUGCGCACGCACACGGGCGAGAAGCCCUUCAAGUGCCCGUACUGUGACCACCGGGCGGCGCAGAAGGGGAACCUCAAGAUCCACCUGCGGACCCACAAGCUGGGCAACCUGGGCAAGGGGCGCGGGCGCGUACGUGAGGAGAACCGCCUGCUGCACGAGCUGGAGGAGCGCGCCAUCCUGCGGGACAAGCAGCUGAAGGGCAGCCUGUUGCAGCCCCGGCCUGACCUGAAGCCACCGCCGCACGCGCAGCAGGCCCCGCUGGCCGCCUGCACCCUGGCCCUGCCUGCCAACCACAGCGUGCCCGACAUGGCCCACCCGGUGCCCUCGCCCAAGCCAGCCAGCGUGCAGGAGGACGCGGUGGCCCCUGCGGCGGGCUUCCGCUGCACCUUCUGCAAGGGCAAGUUCAAGAAGCGCGAGGAGCUGGACCGCCACAUCCGCAUUCUGCACAAGCCCUACAAGUGCACGCUGUGUGACUUCGCGGCUUCGCAGGAGGAGGAGCUCAUCAGCCACGUAGAGAAGGCGCACAUCACCGCAGAGUCGGCCCAGGGCCAGGGCCCCAACGGUGGUGGCGAGCAGUCGGCCAACGAAUUCCGCUGCGAGGUGUGCGGCCAGGUUUUCAGCCAGGCCUGGUUUCUCAAGGGCCACAUGCGCAAGCACAAAGACUCCUUCGAGCACUGCUGCCAGAUCUGCGGCCGGCGCUUCAAGGAGCCCUGGUUCCUCAAGAACCACAUGAAGGUCCACCUCAACAAGCUGUCGGUGAAGAACAAGUCCCCCAGCGACGCCGAGGUGCCUGUGCCCAUGGGCGGCAUGUCCCAGGAGGCCCACGCCAACCUGUACUCCAGGUACCUCUCCUGCCUGCAGAGCGGCUUCAUGGCCCCGGACAAGGCUGGCCUGAGCGAACCCAGCCAGCUCUAUGGCAAGGGCGACCUGCCCAUGAAGGAGAAGGAGGCGCUGGGGAAGCUGUUGUCUCCCAUCUCCAGCAUGGCCCACGGAGUCCCGGAGGGGGACAAGCACUCCCUCCUGGGAUGCCUCAACCUCGUGCCGCCGUUGAAAUCCAGCUGCAUUGAGCGGCUGCAGGCGGCUGCCAAGGCUGCUGAGAUGGACCCCGUGAAUAGCUACCAGGCUUGGCAGCUCAUGGCCAGGGGCAUGGCCAUGGAACAUGGCUUCUUGUCUAAAGAGCAUCCGCUGCAGCGCAACCACGAAGACACUUUGGCAAACGCCGGGGUUCUGUUUGAUAAGGAGAAGCGGGAGUACGUGUUAGUGGGAGCAGAUGGCUCCAAGCAGAAAAUGCCUGCUGAUUUGGUUCACAGCACUAAAGUGGGCAGUCAGAGAGACCUGCCAAGUAAGCUCGACCCUUUAGAAAGCAGUCGGGAUUUUUUGUCACAUGGGCUGAACCAGACGCUCGACUAUAACCUGCAGGGUCCUGGGAACAUGAAGGAGAAGCCCACCGAGUGCCCCGACUGCGGCCGGGUAUUCCGCACCUACCACCAGGUGGUCGUGCACUCCCGGGUCCACAAGCGGGACCGCAAGGGCGAGGAGGACGGGCUGCACGUGGGCCUGGACGAGCGGCGUGGCUCGGGCAGUGACCAGGAGUCCCAGUCGGUGAGCCGCUCCACCACGCCGGGCUCCUCCAACGUCACCGAGGAAAGUGGGGUCGGAGGCGGCCUCUCCCAGACAGGGAGUGCCCAGGAGGACAGCCCUCACCCCUCCUCGCCAUCCUCCUCAGACAUUGGCGAGGAGGCUGGGAGAUCUGCUGGCGUCCAGCAACCGGCGCUGCUUCGAGACAGAAGCCUGGGCUCGGCCAUGAAGGACUGCCCGUACUGUGGGAAAACCUUCCGGACAUCCCAUCACCUUAAGGUGCACCUGAGGAUACACACAGGUGAGAAACCUUACAAGUGUCCACACUGUGACUAUGCCGGCACUCAGUCAGCGUCCUUAAAAUACCACUUAGAGCGACACCAUCGGGAGCGUCAGAACGGAGCUGGGCCGCUGUCCGGGCAGCCCCCAAAUCAAGACCACAAGGACGAGAUGUCAAGCAAAGCUUCUCUGUUCAUCAGGCCAGACAUCUUGAGGGGGGCCUUCAAGGGUCUCCCUGGCAUCGACUUCAGAGGUGGCCCUGCAUCUCAGCAGUGGACAUCAGGGGUGUUCUCGUCCGGAGAUCACUCAGGGCAGGCCACCAGCAUGUCUUCGGAGGUCCCCUCAGAUGCUCUGAAAGGCGCUGACCUUCCUUCCAAAAGCACCCAUUUCUCUGAGAUCGGAAGAGCCUAUCAAAGCAUCGUGAGCAACGGUGUAAAUUUCCAAGGGUCCUUGCAAGCAUUCAUGGACAGCUUUGUCCUCAGCUCCUUGAAGAAGGAGAAGGACGUGAAGGACAAAGCCCUGGCUGACCCCACUUCCAUGAAAGUCCACGGAGUGGAUGGUGGCGAGGAGAAGCCCAGCAAGUCCUCCCAGAGGAAGUCUGAAAAAUCUCAGUACGAGCCCCUGGACUUGUCGGUGAGGCCAGAUGCGGCCUCCCUCCCGGGCUCCUCGGUGACCGUGCAGGACAGCAUUGCGUGGCAUGGCUGCUUGUUCUGUGCAUUCACGACGUCCUCCAUGGAGCUCAUGGCCCUUCAUCUGCAGGCCAACCACCUGGGCAAAGCGAAACGCAAAGAUAAUGCCAUCGGGGUCGCAGUCAACUGCAAAGACCAGGCCCGGGAGGCAAGUAAGAUGGCCCUGCUGCCCUCGGUACAAUCAAACAAAGACUUGGGCCUCUCCAAUAUGAUUGGCUCUCUAGACUCUGAGAAGAUGGCCCAAGGUCAGAUCAAGGAGACUCUGGGGGAGCAGAAGAGUGGCACAUGGACCAGCCACGUGGACCCUGCAUUUUGUAACUUCCCAUCAGACUUCUACAAGCAGUUUGGUGUUUACCCAGGCAUGGUUGGCUCGGGGUCCUCCAGUUCCUGCCCCAACAAGGAGCCCGAUGGAAAGGCCCACUCUGAAGAGGAUGCCCCCAUCCUGAUCCCCGAAACCACGAGUAAGAACACGACUGAUGACCUCUCUGACAUCGCCUCCUCAGAGGACAUGGACUCCUCCAAGGGAGAGAACAACGAUGAAGAGGAUGUUGAAACCGAACCGGAAAUGAUGACCAAGCCACUGUCUGCCCUCAGCAAAGACAGCAGCAGUGAUGGCGGGGACAGCCUGCAGCCCACGGGCGCCCCCCAGCCCGUCCAGGGACUGGUCUCACCUUUACCCCAAGCGCCGGAGAAGCAGUGGCACAGCCAGGGUCUUCUCCAAGCCCAGGACCCCUCGGUGGGCCUGCCGAAGCCGGAGCGGGGUCCCCAGGGCCUGGACAAGCCGAUGAACAUGCUGUCGGUCCUCAGGGCCUACAGCUCUGAUGGCUUAGCAGCCUUUAACGGACUCGCAAGUAGCACAGCAAAUUCUGGAUGUAUCAAGAGGCCAGACUUGUGUGGUCACAGGCCUUUCCAGUGCCGCUACUGUCCCUACAGUGCCUCUCAGAAGGGGAACCUGAAGACACACGUCCUCUGCGUCCAUCGCAUGCCUUUUGACAACAGCCAGUAUCCGGACCGCAGGUUCAAGCGCUCCAGGGUCGACUCGGAGGCUUCUGGGAAUUUCGAGGAGCCCACAGCUGUCAAGGCGGGGAGCUCGGCCGACCUCACAGAAGAGGGCUGCAAGGGCCAGGAGGAGACCAACUGAACAGACCAACCUGUAUAUUGCAAUAGUAUUUUACACACAGUUUUAACGUUAUGCAUCUGAUAAAAGUUUGCUAACUGCAUUCCAAGGGGAAAAAAUCAUGUAAAACCCCCCCAAUAGUGUAUAGAACAUUUAAAAAAUUUUAAAAGAUAUCUAUAUAUAUAUUAAAAGAUCCCCCAGCCCUUGAAAAUGGCUGCUAAACUGUUACCCAGCAACAAAUACUUCCGAAACAACGCAGGUGGGAGAAAAGUGAUUUCAAAAACGCUUGGUGUCCUCCGAGCAUGAGAGAGCUGGGGGCCCUUCCCACUCGAAAGUCGUCUUUGUCCAAAAAUAAUGCUCUUAACCGAAACACGAUACCAUCUAAAUGAUUUAGUGUUGCGUUGAAGAUGGAGGGGCUGUGUUUUCGUUGUUGAAAACACCUCUAUAAUCUGACACCAGCUGCCGUCAUUUGCCUCCAACCCUAAUGAGAUGUGUCGGGAGGCAGCUGCGGUGCCAGUCAGACUGGAGCGGUCACUGCAGAGAAAAUCAAUCCACGUGGUGUUGUAACUGCACUCUUGGAGAAACCCUAGACGGCCCGCAGCCAGCGCCAGGGCUGACCGGCACUGCAGAGGAUUGAUAUCUGAAAUGUGCAUUUUUACAAAAUACACAGCCAAAUGAAAUCAAUGAUCAGGAAGUGUCUGCAGACCAAUGCCCAUUGCAGAUUUGAUGAGUAAUUCCUUUUUUUUUAGAUUGAAUUGCCAUAUAGAGGGAAAUAUUUUGUUCUUUUUUUUUUAUUUUUUAAAAAAAUUUUUGGAUGAAGAAGGAAGUCGUUAUUAAAAAAAAUUGUAGGGUCCGUUAUAUAAAAUGUUGUUAGGAAAACUAGCUAACCCCAUCCAUAGUAGAUGCUGGUGAGCAAUGAAAAUUUAGGUAAUAAUAGAUUUUUUUAUUAUGAUUUUUAAAAUUCUACUUGAAUGAAGGCUGCUCUGGUCCUUAUUAUCAAAUUUUGUUUCCAUGUGUUGGUUUUUAUAAAUGUCACAGACACGAAGUAAGAUUUUCCUCUCCAGCAAGCUCUUAUGAAAUAGCUUGUAUUAAAAUAUGAAUCUAAACAUCCUGCUGUCUCUAAUGACGACAACUGUUUGAGUUAAAUGUCUGUUUUUGUAAAACAAAUGUGUUCCAUAUUUUUGUAUAUUUUAGAUUUUUCUACUGAUUGGAUACUCCAAAUUUAUCAAGGUCUGCACCACACAGAAGGAGAUUUCGAGUGUCAAUAAUGAAACACUUAUUUCAAAAAACGAUUUAGGAAGCCGAGUUAAAGGUUUAUUCUUGAAUCUGCUAGCAUGGUGGAAGGUGGAGCUUUUUAACAUACUUCCUUUGAGUGACAUAAAAUUGGUGCUGUUGCUUGUGGUGGUAGAGAAGUAUGGAAGUCUCAACUUCUUCUAAAACAAAAUCAUUCAGACUUAAAAAAAAAAAAGUCAAUAUUUCCUUGCAGGCUGGGAGCACAGAUUAAACCCCAGGGCCUUAAAAACUUCAGCUCUGCCUACAGCAGUUUACAAAAAUACUAAACUGCAAUCAAUGUAAAUAAAAUUCUUAGUGCUAUCCUGAGACCAGAAAGAAUCUCAGGCUAAUAAGGAAUCCGGUUUGCAUAUGCUGUCAAAAGGGUGUCAUCUAACCGAGGUUUCAGUGUAAAUGAGGUCGCUGUGCAACUUGGACCCAUCUGGCAUAGAGCAAGCUGCUUUCUUGUUUUUCUAGUAUAGUUCUCACUGCCUUACUUAAAUCGAGUUGAUAAACUUAAUGCAACUGUUUCUAUGAUCCUAGAGAAAGGACUGAAAUGUUGUUGAAAACUUUCCGACUGUAGUACGCUUUAGGAUUCUAACUGCACUACUGUGUUUGCUGACUGUGCCAGUCCCUUGCUUUCUGUGCUUGCUCUGCCUUUGGUAUCUUAGCAAAGAAAAAUUAAAAAAAAGAAAAAAAAAGAUGAAAAAAAAAGAAAAAAGAAAAAAAAAAGAGGAAAAAAGUGGGGGAAAAACGAGAGCCACAUUCCAUUUCUAGCACUUUGGGAGCUCUUUCAGUAUUUUUUUGUGUCUUUUCAGCAUCCUCCGAUGCGACAGGCAAUAAUUCUGUUUGUGACACUGGGAACACCCCCUCUUCUUUGUGGUGUGCGUGUUGAUUCCAUUUUGUCCAGUGCUACUGUCCUCCUUCCCCCUCUGACACAGGCCUUCUUUCCGGAACAUUUGUAACUUGUAAUACAAACAAGUGACAGCCACAGUGAAGCAGCGUCAGUUUCUGAAUGUCAUCAGGUUCUCAUAUCUAAACAUGUCAAGUUUCUUCCCUGUAACUUCUGUAGUCUGUGAUGCUGGUCAUAAUACUGUCUACAUUCCUACGCAAAGAAAAAAAAAUCUAUCUUGGAGGAAAUCUGAGAUCAAUAGGAGUAGAGGAUUUUGUUGCUAUGCUUGUAACAAGUAGAAAACUUUGUAUUUAAAGUUUAUUCUUGGUCAUUAUUUAUUAUUAUAAUACAUCAGUUGACAGAACUUUAUUCUGGUAUAGAAAGUAUUAAAAGUUGUUUUUUCAGCAA